GGCCGCUUCUUCAGUACGUUUUUGUUACUCGGACGGCGAACAACGCGACGCGCUUGCGUCUGGACAGCAGAUCUCAGAACUUGGGAAAGUGUUUUCAAAUUUCGUGGCCGAUCGUCGCGCAGCAGGUUGUGCGUCAAGCGACAGAGCGAACUAGCCUAAAGCAAAUGACGAGAGCAAUUACAAGGUAAAACAACAAUAAAAGAGAACAGAAGAGAAGGGUAAGAGUGCAAAGUGUGAACUGCAACUUAAACGGAAAGCAAAUAGAGCAAAAAUAGAAGACAAACACAAAUUGCAAAGCGUCUGACAAAAUGUAUCGAUGCUGCUGCAGUUGGAAGGCGAUGACAGCGCUGCUGCUGGCGGCAUUGCUGAUGGCGGUCGUAAGGUCAGAGGAAUGCGGCCAGGAGGAGUUCACCAAGUGCGCCGAACCACUUGAAAUGCUGCAUUUAACGUCGGAAUUUUCGAUUGGCGCUGCCAAGAAGGAGGAAUUGGAUAAACUUUGUCACGAGCUGCGCAAGGGCGUUCGCUGCAUCCAGAGCUAUACGCGGCGAUGCAUGGAUCUACAGCAGCGGAACCAGUUCAACAAGCUCUACCAUGGCACCAAUCAGUUCAUACGGGAUCUAUGCAGCAAAGGCGAGUUCCAGGAGGAGUACCUGAAGCACGCUCCCUGCUCGGAAAUGGCCAAAAAGGACUUUGAAGUGUGCGCCAAUCGGUACAAGGAGACCAUGGUCUUCCUCAAGCCCAACAAGAACCAGGAGAACUCAGAGAACGGCACGCUUAACGAGAACAUCAAAACAAUUUGCUGUUCUAUUAACGAGUUAGUGGACUGCUCUGAAAAUGCGGCACGCAAAAUUUGUGGCAAUGAAGCGGCGAAGUUUACGCGCGAGCUGGUUGACAAAUACGCUAACAGCUUAACCAAGAUCUACUGCGAGGACUUCACGCGACAUCCGCAAAUAUGUCGAGAUGGCGAGGGGGAUGGAGCCAGUGCAUUGGGGCGACACAGUUUGGGGCUAGUCAUAUCUGUGCUGUUGUUGCAGCUGGUCAGAUAGAUGGAGCUGGUCGCCAUUACACCAAACAAUUAAGUUUCCUUUUCAAGUACACACAGACGCACACGCACACCCACACACCCACACACACAUAACUGAAAUUAUACAAUAGUUAAGGUUUCUAGAACACAGAGGCAACACAGCAAAAAAAAAACAAGAAAACUAA